AUGUUAGGUUCUUCCCUUUUCAAAUAUCCCGUUCAAGUUCGCGUCAACCGUGGGUACUACAUCAAAAUCCAAAUGUCUGACGAGCCGUCGUUGCCUCCGCUUCCCGCCGUAUCCUGGGACCAGCAAUCUCAGAACUUCUCUUACAUCUCCCGCAAGCGUGGCCGUAAUAACCAUCAAGCUGGGAAUUCCUCGCCGCUGCUAUUCAAUUCCAGCGACCCUGCAGUCUUCUCUAGUGAUGACGACCCGGGAUUGGACAAUUAUGUAGAGGGGCGGCCGAAGAAACGCUACGUUGGCACCUGGUUCCAGCAGCGCCCUGCGACAGACGAUGCACCCAACACACUGUUGCAGCAGACAAAACGCACACUUACAAGGGACUAUGACAGUGGCGUUUUUCUGGGCAGUGAUGGCACCACGGAUACGGAUUGCGGCGAUCACUUGAACUGCCUGAAGCUUCCGGCUCGGCCAAGGCCGCACCCGAUCCGUAUGUCGCAGGCUGAGAUGGCGGCCAGGCAGAAGAUAGAGGAUUGCCUUGACAAGGGCCAUGAAUCGGUUGACCUGUGGUCCAUGGGGCUAGAAGAGCUCUCCGAUGGCACGAUUGAACGUCUGGGCCAAAUUGUCAACAUACCAUAUGUGACCAAGGAUGUGGCCUUUGUGCCAAGGGAGCCCGAGCUGAAGGUGUUCCUGUCGCUAAACAGGCUAUCACGACUGCCUGGCAGCAUUUUUGAUCUCACACACCUUGUCGUUCUCAGUCUUCGUGGAAACCAACUUAAGGAACUGCCCCCCGCGAUUUGCAAGCUGCGCAACCUGAAGCAGCUCAAUUUGUCUCACAACCUUUUCUCGCACCUGCCUGCCGAGCUUCUUGAUUUAUUGCAAUUGGGAGGAAAGCUCUCCGACUUGACCCUGUAUGCCAAUCCGUUCAUCCAACCACAGGGCUGCACAGAGUCUUUGGAGCCCGAAGUUGAUGGCAAUGCCGAGACUUUUUCAUGCCCUGGUCCCGAAGUAACGCACAGAUAUGAACGACCAAUGGAGGAGUCUGAGGUUCCGCGAUACCUGACCCGGUGGCUUGGCCGAAGCCCGGUGCAAUUUUGUGAUUCCAUGGGCCAGGUUCUUUCAGAUUUCCAUACUGCAUUAGAUUCGGAAAUAUCAGUGCUUCCUGUGGAGGUAUCCAGUAACAAGAUCGGCCUCGCAGCCACAUAUUCCCCACAGGCUUGGACGAGCUUGCGAGGGCAAGAGACGAAGCCGAGUGCCGUACCCAGCUUACUCGAGAUGGCUCUGCGGAGCUGCUACCGCAGCAGCCAGCUGCCUGACCUCGAGUUUUACAUCCCAGAAGCACCUGAUCAUCUUCAAGAGUUGCUACGACGAGCCUCUUUGCAGAAACACAUGGGUGGCCUGAUUUGCUCAAACUGCCGAAAGACGCUGAUUGUGCCCCCCAUGCAAUGGAUCGAAUGGCGAGAGCUGAGGACCAGCCGCUUCAUGAGCAACGCGAGAGAAGAGUUCGCGAUUAUCUACACGAGUCCGUAUACCAAUGAUGCGAGCGAGAUAGCGGUGCCUUUUCUUUAUCGGGCGUGUUCGUGGAAUUGCGGGCCAAAGGAUUUGGACAAGGAUAAGGGGUGGAAUAUGCCAGAGGGAGGAAAGACCUUCAGGACAAUUCAUCCUGGAUAUUUUUAG